AUGGUGUCUUGUCUCCCUUCUCCUCAACCUCAACUUCACUUCACCUCCUCCCCUUCACUCUCUCUCCCUUUCUUUUUUUCUUCUCUUUUCUUCCUCUAUGCAGUCUCUCUCUCUUCUAUCUUCCUCCUCUUUCUAUCCUUUUCACCUUUUCAUCCUCUCUUCCCUCUCUCUCCUCUUUUACCUGUGCUGGCACUCGACUUCUUCGUCUCUUCUCUCGGGCUUUUUCCUCUUGUCACGCCAUCAUUCUUUUCCUCCUCGUUGAUUGCCCUUUCGUUCGUUGUUGACUUUCUGUCUCCCUCUGCCGGUUUGAAACCGUGCGUUUGCCCAUUGUCCUCGAUCCCCUGA